AUGAAAUUCCUGACAAUACUCCUGCUGGCGACGCUGACGGCGGAGGUGGUCGUCGCCGCCCCCGGGAAGCUGAGCCGGAGCACGAGGCAGGACGACCCGACGGAGGACGAUGAAUGGGCGUCGUCGGGAUGGGGCAGUGACAGCUACGACGACGAAGGCAGCGGAGAUGAGCCUUGGGACGGGGACGAUGAGGCUGAGGUGUUUGAGGAGAAGGGCGAGGAGGCGACAAAACCGGAGAAGGUGGAGGACGAGCAGGUUUCAGGGACAGAGGGCUUGUUCUUCAACGCGUCCCAAGAGAUGCCUGAUAUGAUGUCUUUCAACAUGUCAGGAAUGCCCGGUUUGAUGCCCUUCAAUUUGUCCCAAGGAAUGGCUGGUAUGAUGCCUUUUAAUAUGUCUCAGGGAAUGCCUGAUAUGAUGUCUUUCAACAUGUCAGGAAUGCCCGGUUUGAUGCCCUUCAAUUUGUCCCAAGGAAUGGCUGGUAUGAUGCCUUUUAAUAUGUCUCAGGGAAUGCCUGAUAUGAUGUCUUUCAACAUGUCAGGAAUGCCCGGUUUGAUGCCCUUCAAUUUGUCCCAAGGAAUGGCUGGUAUGAUGCCUUUUAAUAUGUCUCAGGGAAUGCCUGAUAUGAUGUCUUUCAACAUGUCAGGAAUGCCAGACAUGAUGCCUUUCAACUUCUCAGGAUUCCCAGGAAUGAGUCCAGGUCAGACGCCCUUCAAUCUGUCUCAAGGCAUUCCCGAUUUUACGUCUUUCUUCAACCUGUCUCAAGGAUUCCCAGGAAUGACUCCAGGUCAGACGCCCUUCAAUCUGUCCCAAGGAAUUCCCGAUUUGACGUCUCUCUUCAACAUGUCGUCGGGAAUGUCCAGCUGGACGGUCCCCAACAUGUCCUUCGUGAUGCCAGGGAACAUGCCGGCCAACAUGGAGGGAGAAAUGCCCCCUGGAAUAGCUCAGAUGUUCAAUGCCCUUCACCAGCUCCUCGGAAAGGGCGGUGAAGAUCCCGAGGGCGAAGGAUUCCCACAGAUUCCAGGAUUUUCAGGAUUCCCCUCGACUUCUCCUCCUUCCCCUCCUGCAGGAAGUCAGCCUCCAGUGGUGAUUAACUACUUCGUUCUGACCAACACCACCUUCAACAUCAUGGCGACCGAAGAUGGGUCGUAG